CUAAGCUCUUCGCGCUGUUGGAAACUCGUAAAAAUCACUUCAACGAGCGGAGGUUCAUUGCACAAGUUAUACGGCUUCGAAUUCGCCGAACGCAGUCAGUCUAUAAAAACGUUAACGUUUCGGAGUCAAAGUCACACAAUGAACACUUGCUUCCUGCACAUCAUUUUCACCUUACUUUCCCUGUUAUCCAUAACUUUCCAAACAGCAAGUGGAGGGCAGGAUCAGCCAAGAUUCAAAGUGCUUGAAAUGGACCAAAAUGGAACAAUUUAUCUUCACAAAACUUCAUUGCUCUGUACGAGAGAGAUUAUCACGCGCCUGACUGAAGGGAAAUAUCAAAUGGCUGAACCAAGCAAUUUAGGAUUGUCCAAAGAAUUCGCUGUGUUGAACUGUAAAGAGCUGAAACAGAAAGUUCCUUCAGCCGAAUCAGGUGUCUACUGGAUAGACCCGGAUGGUGGUUCCCAUGGUAACGCCUUCCAGGCUUACUGCGAUCAACAGACAGAUGGAGGAGGCUGGACACUAGUUUGGAGUUACACCUUUACAGAUUAUUCAAGUUUCAGGAGUUCAGCAAAUGCUGUCACGCCGCGUCCGUCAUGGUCGGCUAGUACCGCUACAGUUCGAGUGUCCACAACAGUUCCUUUGAGUGAGACGCAUUAUGAGGCCAUGAACUUUGGUUUGUGGCGCAGUAUUGGUGAAGAAACCCUGAUCAAGAGCAACAUCAACAACUGGAUUGCAUGCAAGGAAGGCACUGGUAGCAUAGUAAUUCAGAAGCAGGGGACACUAUCCUGUAAACUGGUUAAACAGGUCUCUGACCAGUGUUCCGGUGUAGUGCCAAACUCAGUAGCGUUACAUGGUAAUGGAAUCUAUCUUUCCGGCAGCUCUCUUUAUUAUUUCUUUGAUGGUAACGUAAAUGGGAGUUGGCCAACGCAUGACCCAUGUGGAAAGAAUCAUGCAAAUCAUUUGAAAGGUGUGGCGAACCCACACGGAAAUAUUUUCAUUCGGUAAACUGAACUGCAAAAGAUCUAUACGCGGAAUGAAAAGUAUUUUGAUCAA